ACAGUAUGACAAACGUGUGUGUGUGUGUGUGGAACUGGUGUUUGUUAUUUAUUUAUUUUAUGUCCGUCCAAGGGUUAGCGUGUAAAGUCUCACGUGUGCGCGCCAGUCGGUCUGUGCUAAGGAGACUGGCGCGCGCAUGAGAACCGAAAACGGUGGGCGUGACCAAAAAAAAAGAGCCUCGCGUUUCCUGCCGGAAUGAGCACGUGCUUCCGCGAGAGAGGUCCCUCUGUCAAGUCGGUGCGCGUUGUUGUCGCUGCUGAAGCCCUUUAAAUCGCACUCACACCGAGAGGCUUUCACGCGCGCCCGCGGCCCGGUGUUUGGGGUUUUUUGUUGUUGUUGUUUUUGCCCCUCCUCACUGUAUCCUUCGUGCAUAACGUUCACCGGAACCUGAACUCGACUUGAGCAGGUCUGAAGCGGGGUCAUGACGCUAGAAGCGAUCCGGUACCGGGCCGGGUCUCUGCAGAUCCUCAACCAGCUGCUGCUACCGCGGGAGACCGUGUACGAGGAGAUCCGCUCGGUGCAGGACGGAUACGAGGCCAUCAAGAGCAUGAAGGUGCGUGGCGCUCCUGCCAUCGCCAUUGUGGGCUGCCUGAGCCUGGCAGUGGAGCUCCGGGCGGGUGCCGGGGGUGAUGACCCAGUGUCCUUCAUCAGGGAGUCUCUGUGUCACCUGACCUCAGCACGGCCCACCGCCGUCAAUAUGGGCCGAGCAGCACGAGAGCUAAUGGAGUUCACCGAGAACGAGAGCAUGGAGAAAGGAGGAGAGCAACUCCGAGAAAGCGUAAUUGGUUGGAUUGAGGAGAUGCUGGAACGAGAUGUGAAUGAUAACCGGAAGAUUGGUAACUAUGGCGCCCAGCACAUCCUGUCCGGAGUGCCGAGAGACUCCGUCACCAUCCUCACACACUGCAACACGGGCAGCCUGGCCACCGCCGGAUACGGCACCGCUCUCGGUGUGGUGCGGUCGCUGCACACUCUGGGUCGUCUGAAGCGAGUGUAUUGUACAGAGACGAGGCCGUAUAACCAGGGAGCCAGGCUUACAGCAUACGAGGCCGUGGCUGAGGGCUUCCCUGCUACACUCAUCACAGACAGCAUGGCCGCUCUUGCCAUGAGGGAGAAAGGCAUCACAGCCGUCGUUGUCGGGGCAGAUCGGGUCGUUGCUAAUGGUGACACGGCCAACAAAGUGGGCACGUACCAGCUGGCCAUUGCUGCAAAGCAUCAUGGGAUACCAUUCUACGUGGCAGCUCCCAGCACAUCAUGUGACCUGAGUCUGGAGAGUGGGAGAGACAUUGUGAUUGAGGAGAGACCACCCGAGGAGCUCACCAGCAUCAAUGGCGUCCCUGUCGCUGCACCAGGUAUUGAUGUGUGGAACCCGGCGUUCGAUGUCACUCCUCAUCAGCUGAUAACGGGUGGGAUCAUCACGGAGCUGGGUGUGUUUUUGCCAUCUGAGCUGCAGGCUGCUCUCACCGGCCGCCUCACCGCACUGUAGAGUCCACGCCGCCCCCUGCAGGGCACAGUGUGUUACUGCACCUUCACUACCACCCUACAGCUCACACCCUCAUUCCCAUUACUGCACACAGGGUGAAGAUCUCACCUUGGUUAAAAAUACACACGCAGAGUGAAGUGAAAAUUACACGAUGAUACAUUUUCACAGUCGUUCAACAACCGGAACGCUUAUAAAUCACACACACACGUGCGCACAGACACACAGAAACCAACCACGCUGUUUCAUGUCUGUGUAUAAUGUAGCUUUCAACAAUCUGUGUUCUCUGUUUGUGAUUUAUUCUUUAAACCCCCUUCCCAUUUCCCCUUUCUCGCUCAGCUCCAGUCCUUACUGAACAGUGUGUUACAGAGCGCGGCUCUAGCGAGGGCCUCGUCUUUUAUAACGGAUUUCUCGGAAGUAAUAAUGUUAAUUGAAUUCAGUUGAUUUCUGAAGGUCUUUCUUUUAAAAUGUUAAUUAAUGGAUUAGCAUAUUA